CUCAACUCGUACUGUCUGGCCAACCAUCCAAUCCGACUGUCAGUCGGAAAAACGGAGCUAAACAAAACAAAUGCCUUGACAUUUGCCUCCCUUUUAUUCCAUUAAUAGCUCCUCAAUUUCGCCGCCAUGGAGUUGUCUGAAAUACUGUACAACAAAGCGGAGUAUAUUGAGACGGCUUCUGGCAACAAAGUUAGCAGACAAUCUGUGCUCUGCGGGAGUCAAAACAUCGUACUCAAUGGCAAAACAAUCGUGAUGAAUGACUGCAUCAUCAGGGGGGACCUCGCUAAUGUCAGGGUUGGUAGACAUUGUGUGGUCAAAAGCAGGAGUGUUAUUCGUCCACCUUUCAAGAAGUUCAGCAAAGGAGUGGCCUUCUUCCCGCUGCACAUCGGCGAUCAUGUGUUCAUCGAGGAGGACUGCGUGGUAAACGCGGCCCAGAUCGGCUCCUACGUCCACAUCGGCAAGAACUGUGUCAUAGGUCGACGCUGUGUUUUGAAAGACUGCUGCAAGAUCUUAGACAACACUUAUCUUCCUCCAGAGACGGUGGUGCCUCCUUUUACAGUCUUUUCUGGAUGCCCAGGUUUGUUUUCAGGGGAGCUUCCAGAGUGUACGCAGGACCUUAUGAUUGACGUCACCAAAAGCUACUACCAGAAGUUUCUUCCCCUCAGCCAGAUAUAAGACCCACUUGCCUGCAAGAGCUUUGCCGUCAUAAUGUCUUUUUUUUCUUAUACAAAGUCCUGCUCUCUCUGCGCAUGACAGGGAUUCCUUAAAAUCCUGUUGAACAGAGCUUCUGUGCUGAAAAGAAAAAAACCUGUUAAGACAGUUUAAGAGCACCUCAAGGGAGGUUACGUAACAUUGCAUUUCCCUUUGCUUUAGUACUAUAAUUUUUGAUGUUGUCAAAUUUUGUAUAUUAGAGAGAGGGCACAUUAGAAUUUGACAGUCAGAUGAGAUAAACUUGGACCAAAACACAACUUCCAACUGUUUUGUUAGUUCAUUACACAUUUGCUGCCAUUGACAACGAUAGACGUCCAAUCCGAUUGGACUUGGUGGCCCGGCAACGAUCCCCUGCUGCCUCCCAGUUCAACAUCUAUUGCCAUCAGUGGCAAUAACUGAGUUAAUAUUUAUUUCCAGAUAUCAAGAUUGUCCGAGUAAGCGAUAACAUCUUAAACUAUGCUAAAAUUAAUUCCUAGAAAUGUCUGAUGUGAUCUCACGGAAUUAUCAAUUAAAGGUAUAAUGAAGAAAUUUGUAGCGUUUGUUAUUCAUUUGUAUUAGUUCUGAGAUUCUGGGUGUGGAACCCAGUUCAUGUGAUGAUUAUAUUCUUUGAUCAGGUUAUAUCGCUUUUCAUCUGCUAUCCCAACAUCCUUCUACCUUCCAAACUGACAUAUUAAGGACUUUAAAUUGUCGAUAGAUAUAAAUGGUUGUUUCUGUGCUUUGCAGUGGUGGAUGAAGUACUUAUUUUAACUUAAGUACAUAUAAAGGGGCAAAAAAAAUAAAAUUUACUCAGGUACUUGCUUUAAAAUUUACAAGUAUAAAGUAAAAGUAUUUUCUCCUGAUGCAAAAAUGUUAUUUAUAUGUACAGUAUAUGGCGGAAAACACAGACGAGGCUGAAAAAGCAGUUUCUGCUCUUGCACACCUCUUUAAAAUAAACUGCUGUAUUUUAAGCCAAAAGAACUGUUGUGUUUCAUAGAACAAUAUGUCUAUAUGCUGCCAUAGCAGAUUCAUGACGCAUUAAGCCCCCCAACUACAGGGUGUUCCAAAAUGGUUGACCCCAUUCUAAAUGCCCAUAUCUCGGAAACUACAGGAUGGAUCUUAAUGAAACUAAAUACACUUUAUGUUGAAGGUCAUAAGUUUUAUUGGUUAAAUUUACAAAGAAAAGUGCAAAUAUUUGUUGGUCCUAUGACAGAGUUUCAUAAAUGUUUAAUAUGAGCUCCGCCUCUGACUCUGCACACUUCGAGUCGGUAUUCGAGCUCGUGCCAAACUCGCAGUAGCAUGUCUUCGGUAAGAGUUUCCAAUGCAGCUGUAAUUCUGCGUUUAGUUGGUGCCUUCUUUGCAAAAUUUGUGAAGAAGGCACGCUGCACUUCGGUGACUGAGUCCGAGCAUACUCUACACGCAAUAUGCCUUUUCUUGUGAAGUGAACGGCAUUUCUUAACCUGAAAAGAUAGAAAUGCCAAACGUUACACACAGAAACUUGAAAUGUUUCUACACAAGCUGUGAAAAUUUGAGGUCAUUCCAACGAAAAUUGUCAAAAUGAUUGGCCUAUGAAAUGGGGUCAAACAUUUUGAAACACCCUGUAUUUUUAAUUUGUCCGUUUUACCCUAGAGACCCCUGUUUACAGACGUCGCACGAUCGCUUUUGUUUCAAC